AUGGGGAAGGGGCUGUUGGGGGUUCCCCCGCCCCCCCAAUCGCUGCCUGUGCCCCUCACCCUGCUGUCGGGGCGGCUCUCGUUCCAGGACAGCUCCGGCCUGAAGCUGUGGAAGCGACGCUGGUUUGUGCUGGCUGAUUACUGCCUCUUCUACUACCGAGACAGCAGGGAGGAGGCAGUUUUGGGGAGCAUCCCGCUCCCCAGCUACGAGAUCCGGCCGCUGCCCGGGGAGGGGAAGAGCCGAAGAUUCACAUUCAAGGCUGAGCACCGGGGGAUGCGGACGUACCACUUCAGCGCGGACACCCAGGAGGACAUGAAUGGCUGGAUCCGAGCCAUGAGCCAAUCUGCUGCCGCCGAGAGUGACCCCAGCACCAUCAGGAGCCGCCCCCCCCAGCUGCUCAGCCGGCCGGUGCCCCCGCCCUCCCGUCUCUUCGAGGAGAUCCGGCCGCUCACGCCCGACCUGGGUCCCACCAAGAGCGUCGAGUCCUUGGAAAUUGCUCGGCUCUCGGAGCCCCACUCGUCUGCGGAGAGUCUGUCUGUGACGGGCCAGGGGGUGCAGGGCGAGGGGGGGCCCCGGCCCAGCGGCCCUGCCCCACCCCCCAGCCCGGUCAAUGGGGAAGGGCUCGGGGGGGAGCUACAGGGCCUAAGCUCUCUCCCGUCCCGCAUCCUGUGGGGCCAGGAGCCCUCGGCAGCCACACGCCCCCAUCCUGGCCCCCCCAGGCCCUCCCCACCCGCCUGCCCCCCUGAAUCUGAACAGCCCCUCCUGGAGCCCCCCUCCCCCUGGGAACCCUCCGCAGAUGCCCAGUCCCACGUCCGCUCCUCCCGUUCCUACUCCCUCCCCCCUACCCCUGCCGAGCUCAGGGGGAUGCGGGGGCGCCAGGGGGGAGCAGGGGCCUCCUCCAUGAGGGUCCGAGCCCCUGAGCUGGCUGUGUCCUGCGAAGAGCUCCCCCUGCUGGUCCAAGCAGGGUCCAGCCUGGCCCGGCCCCACACCCCCGUGGGGCGGGUGGAUAUCGCCCCUGGGGGGGCCGCACGGGGCAGCAGGACCCUCCCUGGGCGCCCCCAGACCCCUGCCAACCGCUACGAUGUGCGGCCCUCCGAGGAGCCCUGUGCCCAGCCCGCUGGGCGCUACCCCCACAGCCCCCACCCCAGCCACUGCCUGGUGCGACCCGGGACCCUGGCGGAGGAGAGCCCCUCGCAGACGG